AUGAGCCUUAGGCGAACCUUCCCCUUGCUGCGCUCCGCCCUCUCCCGCCGAGCCCCGCUGUCUACAGCGCCGGCGACCCGCGAGCAGCACGCCGCGGGCCUGGAAGCCGUGCGGGGGCGCGGGGCGGCCGAGGCCGGGCGGCCGCCAGUGCCCGCCGUGGACUUCGGCAACACGCAGGAGGCGUACCGGAGCCGGCGCAGCUGGGAGCUGGCGCGCAGUCUACUGGUGCUGCGCCUUUGCGCCUCUCCCGCGCUGCUGGCGCGCCACGAGCAGUUGCUCCGUCUUGCCAGGAGACUUCUGGGGCAAAGGUUGUUCGACAGACUGAUGAAGAUGACCUUCUACGGGCAGUUUGUGGCUGGUGAGGACCAGGAGUCCAUCCGGCCCCUGAUCCAGCACAACAGGGCCUUCGGCGUGGGCUCUAUCCUGGACUAUGGUGUGGAGGAGGACCUGACCCCCGAGGAGGCCGAACGCAAGGAGAUGGAGUCCUGUACCUCAGCAUCAGAGAGGGAUGGCCAUGGCACCAGUAAGAGGGAGAAGCAGUUCCAGGCCCACCGGGCAUUCGGAGACCGCAGGGAUGGCGUUGUCAGCGCCCGCACCUACUUCUACGCCAGCGAGGCCAAGUGUGACAGCCACAUGGAGACAUUCCUGCGCUGCAUCGAGGCUUCAGGUGGUGCCAGCGAGGAUGGCUUCUCAGCCAUUAAGCUCACCGCACUGGGGAGACCCCAAUUUCUGCUGCAGUUCUCAGAUGUGCUGACCAAGUGGAGACGGUUCUUCCACCAAAUGGCCGCAGAGCAGGGCAAGGCCGGGCUGGCUGCCAUGGACACGAAGCUGGAGGUGGCUGCACUGCAGGAAAGCGUGGUGAAGAUGGGCAUCGCGUCCCGGAUGGAGAUUGAGAACUGGUUCACUGUGGAGACCCUUGGCGUGUCUGGCACCCUGGACCUGCUGGACUGGGGCAGCCUCAUUGACAGCAGGACCGAGCUCUCCAAGCACCUGGUGGUCCCCAACAUGCAGACAGGACAGCUGGAGCCUCUGCUGUCGCGGUUCACUGAGGAGGAGGAACGGCAGAUGACGAGGAUGCUGCAGAGGAUGGACGUCCUGGCCAAGAAAGCCAGUGAGGUGGGCGUGCGGCUGAUGGUGGACGCCGAGCAGACCUACUUCCAGCCGGCCAUCAGCCGCCUGACGCUGGAGAUGCAGCGCAGGUUCAACGUGGAGAGGCCACUCAUCUUCAACACGUACCAGUGCUACCUCAAGGACGCCUACGACAAUGUCACCCUGGAUGUGGAGCUGGCUCGCCGAGAGGGCUGGUGCUUCGGGGCCAAGCUGGUGCGUGGCGCAUACAUGGCCCAGGAACGUGCCCGCGCCCUGGAGAUUGGGUAUGAGGACCCUAUCAACCCCACGUACGAGGCCACCAACGCCAUGUACCACAGGUGCCUCAACUACGUCCUGGAGGAGCUGAAGCACAAUGCCAGGGCUGCAGUGAUGGUGGCCUCGCACAAUGAAGACACUGUGCGCUUCACGCUGUGCAGGAUGGAGGAGCUGGGCCUGCACCCUGCCGAUUGCCAGGUGUACUUUGGACAGCUUCUGGGCAUGUGUGACCAGAUAAGCUUCCCGCUAGGCCAGGCAGGCUUCCCCGUGUACAAGUACGUGCCUUACGGCCCUGUGAUGGAGGUGCUGCCCUACCUGUCCCGCCGAGCCCUGGAGAACAGCGGAGUCAUGAAGGGCGCCCAGAGGGAGUGGCAGCUGCUGUGGCAGGAGCUCAAGCGGAGGCUCCGCACGGGCAGCCUCUUCCACCGCCCGGCCUAGUGCUGUGGCUGCCUCCCAACGCAUCCUCACCUGGGCUGCGACCACCCAGGGCUACAGC